CCCGAUGCGCGAGGCUAGCCGCUGCUGGCUGGGGGCGCCCUGGGCUGCCAUAAAGUGAAUGGGCGCUGGCGGGGGGUGGCAGUCCGCGGCGAGGCUUACUCUCUCCCAGCGAGUCCGGGAGCGCCGGAGCGGAGCGGCGGCCCCGGGCUCAGGGGGGCGGCCCCCACCCCGGCCGGGUGCCCGGCCUCUGGCCCCUGCUUGCCCUCCAGACUGCGGCCGCCGCCGCCGCUGCCGGGAGUCUGCCUGCUGCGGGACUCACUCUGGGAGAGGGCCCUGAUUUCUUUGGAUCCAUACAAUGACCGCCCACUCUGACUCCAACUCUUUAACCAGAACCCAGUUAAGCUGAAGGGAACAAAGUAGAGGGGACUCUUCUGAUCUAUAACCCUUUCUUCAAAUGAAGUCUCUCAAGAAAGCAUAAAUAAAACCGACGAAAGCAGGGCUGCUCUAGUUGAAGCUGACCUGAAGUUCUCGAGCCCCCAAUGGAGUUCGGCCUGCUGAGCGAGGCAGAGGCCCGGAGCCCGGCCCUCUCGCUGUCAGAUGCGGGCACCCCCCACCCCCCACUCCCCGAACACGGCUGCAAGGGCCAAGAGCACAGCGAUUCGGAGAAGGCCUCGGUUUCGCUGCCCGGCGGCUCCCCGGAAGACGGCUCGCUAAAGAAAAAGCAGCGGCGGCAGCGCACGCACUUCACCAGCCAGCAGCUGCAGGAGCUGGAAGCGACCUUUCAGAGGAACCGCUACCCCGACAUGAGUACGCGCGAAGAGAUCGCCGUGUGGACCAACCUCACCGAGGCCCGCGUGCGGGUGUGGUUCAAGAACCGGCGCGCCAAGUGGAGAAAGCGCGAGCGCAGCCAGCAGGCGGAGUUGUGCAAGGGCGGCUUCGCGGCGCCGCUCGGGGGGCUAGUGCCGCCCUACGAGGAGGUGUACCCCGGCUACUCUUACGGCAACUGGCCACCCAAGGCCCUCGGCCCGCCGCUCGCCGCCAAGACCUUCCCGUUCGCCUUCAACUCGGUCAACGUGGGGCCUCUGGCUUCGCAGCCCGUCUUCUCGCCACCCAGUUCCAUUUCCGCCUCCAUGGUGCCCUCGGGCGCGACCGCCCCAGGCACCGUGCCUGGGCCCGGGGCCUUGCAGGGCCUAGGCGGGGGGCCCCCCGGGCUGGCUCCGGCCGCGGUGUCCUCCGGCGCCGUGUCUUGCCCUUACGCCUCGGCCGCAGCCGCAGCCGCCGCCGCCGCCUCUUCCCCCUACGUAUAUCGGGACCCGUGUAACUCGAGUUUGGCCAGCCUGAGGCUCAAGGCCAAACAGCACGCCUCUUUCAGCUAUCCCACCGUGCCGGGGCCGCCGCCGGCCGCCAACCUCAGUCCGUGCCAGUAUGCUGUGGAACGGCCCGUCUGAAGGGCGCUGCCCGUCGAUCAUCCCUGAGGGUGGGGCGGUAAUUCACAGCCUCGACGGACUGGGGUUGUUUUGACUGGCUUGCCCCCGCCCUCGGGGUCUGAGAGGAGAGCUGGGCAGUCGGGGUUGGGGAGGCGGCCGGCUCAGGAGAGAGCCUUCCCCCACUCCCAGGCCUGAGGGGCGGACUGCACCCUUAGUCCGAGACCCUGGGACUAAGGCCAGGAACAGGGACCAGUUCCCCGGGGGCCAAUUCACCUUUGGCCCACCUCGCCUUCUCCAGACUCCCUCUCCCUGGUUUUCAAAGAUAAAUGAAAUAAACGUGCGCGGACUGUCAGAGGCCUGGUGAUUCAGAGUUGCGGUUGAGCUCCCUCCCCUUAUCCUUCCUCAUUUUUAAAGGAGAGCUGGGUUUACAGGAAAGAUGUGCGGGUCGAGGCUUCUAGAGCUUCAGUCCUCAACCCCUCAACCCCAGGAUGGAGAGGCCUGGGGAUUCCCGGAGCCAAGCGGCGCCCGAAGCGUGCGUGUCUGUGUAGGUGUGUAUGGCUUGGACAAAGCUGGUACUGCAGCGCCGCCUCGUGGUCUCAUGGAGGAUAACUGGAAGGUCAGCUUUGAAGUCAAGUGUCAAUUCUGGAACUUAGGAAGCCUACGACUUUAGAAAUUUACUCCACCUUUGCGCAUCUGUUUCUCACUGUUCCUAUGAGGGGCUUUUGCCUCUAACAGCAAUAAAAUUCUGGUCUGUAACA